CUAUCUCUCUUUAAACAGAUUAAUCUGCGAAUUCUUAAUGAAAAUUACAGUGGUGGGUUUGAUUUGAAAAGGGUAUUGAUCAGAUCUAUCUAGAUCUAUUGAUUAGAUCGUAGAAUUUUUUUUGAAUUUGAAGAAGAUGGGUAUAAUCAGAAGCUAUUUCAGUUUUAUUUGUGGAACAGUUUGUGGGGUUUAUAUUGCUCAGAAUUAUAAUGUACCCAACAUUAGAAAGCUUGCUUAUUUUGGAUUAGAUAGGGCUAAGAAGGUUGAAGAGACCUACCGGAAACCUAAGAAGGACGGCGACGGCGAUCUUUGAAUUAGGGUUUUUUUGAUUUGGGGAUCUUUGUUUGUGUUUAUGUAUUUUUGUUGUUUUGAUCUUAAUGUUCUUAUGUGAUUAGUAAUCUUAUCUUUGUUUUGUUCUAUCAACAUGAACUGGAUCUG